AUGCUGAGCCUUGACUCACCAGGUUCAUUCCAAGAAACCAUGUCGGAAGACAGCGGCAACAAACCAACUACCACCAGCUUAACUCCAUUCCCUGGCAGCCCGGAACCUUACAGCAUUUUUGAUAAAACACAAAAAGUGUUGAUUGUUCUCAUAGUCUCAGCUGCCGCAACCUUCUCCGCGAUAGCAUCAAACAUUUACUUUCCAGCCCUUCUGGCAAUCGCUCACGAUUUCAAUGUUUCUAUCGAGCUUAUCAACCUCACGAUUACCUCGUAUCUGUUGUUUCAAGGCAUCUCACCCAGCCUCUGGGGUCCAAUAUCUGAUGUUAAGGGCCGUCGGACGGCAUACGCCUGCACCCUGAUUGUAGCAAUCGGUGCGUGUGUUGGUCUUGCGAAGGCCAAGAACUAUGCUACCCUGAUCAUUUUGAGGUGUCUGCAGAGCGCAGGCAGUGCCAGCACGAUCGCCAUUGGCUCCGGCGUGGUAGGCGAUAUCACCACACGCGCUGACCGCGGAGGCUACAUGGGAUUCUUCCAGGCAGGAUUGUUGGUUCCUAUUGCAGUGGGUCCAGUGAUAGGGGGAGCUCUUGCUGGAGCUCUCGGGUGGAGAGCUAUAUUCUGGUUCCUUACCAUCUACAGCACUGCUUUAUUCCUACUGACCAUGCUUCUGCUUCCUGAAACGCUCAGGUCCAUUGUUGCGAAUGGAGGUUGCACCCCAUCGAAUUGGUUCGCCCGAUACCCGCUCAAUAUCUACCAACGGCUCACCAGAGUGACUUGGAACCCGAAAGAAGCGCAUAAACAGUUGACCACCACAAAACGCGUUCAAGUUCUCGGGCCAUUUCGAAUCCUCAUCAGAAAAGAUGCAGCUCCAAUAAUUGUGUUUCUUGCCAUCUACUUCGCCGUCUGGCAAAUGAGUAUUACCGCCAUGUCCACUCUCUUCGGGGAGCUAUAUGGUCUAUCUGAGUUUCAUAUCGGCUUGACGUUCAUUGCAAAUGGUACAGGCGGUAUAAUUGGCACGGUGAUUACCGGUAAGAUUUUGGACAUCGACUACCGUCAUGUUCAGGCCAAAUAUACAAGCCAUCACGGACUGACGGAACCGGGAAGCACUCGACCCAGGGUAAUCCGGGAAAACGACGAUUUUCCGCUAGAGGAUGCCCGUCUGCGUCGCAUUUACAUUUUCUUGUUAUUGCAAUGUAUGUCGAUUCUACUCUUUGGCUGGACAGUCCAAUUUCCGGAAAAUGUCCACAUCGCGGCUCCCAUUGUUUCCACUUUCAUCACGGGUUGGACAGCUGUAUCUAUACAAGCAAUCGUCACGACGUAUUUGGUCGACCUCUUUCCCGACCAGAGCGCCGCCGCUACCGCGAGCUUGAACCUCGCCAGAUGCUUGUUCUCGGCCGGGGGGGCAAGCUUUGUGAUCCCGAUGGUAAAUGGCGUUGGAGCCGGAGUGGCAUUCACGAUCUGUGUUGUGGUACAGAUUGUUGCGGUGGCCGGACUAAUCGUGCAGUGUAAAUAUGCUAGAAAAUGGAGGAAGAGACGAGAAAACAUGGACUAA